GCACAAUCGGAACAAAACAAAAGAAAUCGAAACCCUACGACCCGGACUCUCUGACCUCUCCUUCUCUGGUCGACGAACGAAGAAGAAGAAGAAGAAGAAGAGGGCGAUCAUGGCGUUCACUUCUCGCCUCCUAUCCAGGUCUCGGCAGUUGUGUGGUAUUCAGACAAUUUUACUGCGGGACCAUGCUGCACCUGUCCGUUUGUUUGCCAAAGAAGCUGCUCCUCCUGCCCUCAAGGGAGAUGAGAUGUUGAAGGGUAUCUUUCUGGAGGUCAAGAAGAAGUUUGAGACUGCCAUAGGAGUUUUGAGGAAGGAAAAAAUUACCAUUGCCCCUGAAGAUCCAGCUGCAGUGGCUCAGUACUCGAAGGUCAUGAAGACAGUAAGAGAGAAGGCGGAUUUGUUCUCGGAAUCACAGAGGAUCCAGUACACAAUCCAGACACGUACGCAGGACAUACCAGAUGCUCGUACAUAUCUUUUGACUUUGAAGGAGAUUCGAAUCAAGAGAGGUCUUACUGAUGACCUUGGUGCAGAGGCAAUGAUGAUGGAUGCAUUGGAGAAAGUUGAAAAGGAAAUUAAGAAGCCGCUUAUGAGAAACGACAAGAAAGGAAUGGCUCUUCUCAUGGCAGAGUUUGAUAAGGUCAAUAAGAAGCUUGGAAUUCGCAAGGAAGAUCUGCCAAAGUAUGAGGAGCAGUUGGAACUUAAGAUUGCCAAAGCACAAUUGGAGGAGUUGAAGAAAAAUGCUCUUGAAGCUAUGGAAACCCAGAUGAAGAGGGAAGAAUUUAAGGAUGAGCAAAUGGUUGACGUGAAGUCCUUGGAUAUCAGAAACUUCAUCUGAGACAAGAUUCUGUUCAAAUUGGUUGAUCAAUUGUUGAAAGAACGGAGAAGGAAAGUCAGUUUGACAAUGCUUUUGCUUCUUCUUGUUUUCUUCAAUAAAGUAACUGAAUGGAAAAUGCUAUCCUGGGACCGAGACAUUAUAUGCUGUUUUUUAUCCUAAAAUCACAUACGGUGAUGUCACUAGGAGAGAGCAUUUCUUAUUUUUUUAAUGCACUUUUAGACUUGAUGGAGGUUUUCCCUCUGAGUCUGGCUUGCAUUUAGAUUGGAAGGCUGCUAAUGUUGAUCGCUGAGUUCAUAAAUAGUGGCUCCUUGAUGUGUUAUUGUUGGGCACAUCGGCCAUUCUGCUUUGAGUUAUCGGAUCUUGUCUUAUGUGCAGAACAGAAAAUAAAUAAUGAUAUGAUCUAAGUGCUGAGAUGGCACUGUGUUCUGCAUCA